CAUUUGUGAAGGCCAGAAGCAUACCAAGGGCAGUCAACUGAAGAUAAAGAAAUGCUGGUGUCCACACAAAUGAUGAGACAAUCUUCAAAUACAUAUGCAUGAAGAAAUGAUGUAAUCUGUUGAAUAUACAUUAGACUACGAAACACUUAAGGGUUAAAUUGCGGAUGUGCCGGGAUGGUCUUGGAACCUGAUUUGGGUUUGAAUACCCCAGGUUCCGGGGGCCUCGAAAUAAAGCACCACAUAUAACCUACCUGGAAUGGUUAUGUGUUUGUCUCUACGCUAACAGUUUUGGCGACCCAGAUGGGACCUUGCGGGCAUUGCUGAGGCGGCCCGCAUCGAUCUCGCUCCAGCCGGCACGGAGUGAUUCUUGGGGAGCCAUCGACCGCAGCCGACCUCCGCUGCCCCCGACGGACCAGGGAUAUCAGUAAGACACGGUGCUUUAUCGGGAAUGGUACCAACUUUGUCAGGUCUUGUGCCUAAUUUGGAACAGUACUAAAUUUUUCUACAGGUCUUGUGCCUAAUUAGGAAUUGUACCAAAUUUUUUGGGUCUUGUGCCCAAUCGGAAAGGUACCAUAUUUUCUGGUCUGGUAAAAGCCUGUCUGUUAGACGCGGCGAAAGCUAUGCUUGGUUGGGCUAGGGAGCUCCAGAGGAAAGCCUAGGCGCCAUCUGUAAGACAGUAGCGAAAGCUCUGCAGGUUCGGCAUCAGUGAUCUGUUCUGCAUUUUUGGUAAUCUAUAUUAUUCGUUAUCUGUAUUAUUCAUAAUCUGUAUUAUUCGCUUUGCAGGUUCAGCAACUGUAUUUUGAUCUUGUAUUUUUCAGUAAUCUGUAUUAUUCAUUACGUGGAAUUUUGUUUAGUUUGUUGUUUGAUGCUGGUCCGGACUGUUAUAAAAUGCCACCAACACCCAAGUCAUCACCGUUAGGGUGUAUUCUGAUGCAUUGGAAAGAGGGGCAGUUUGGGCAAGAAAUGCAAAAAAGGAAAUUGGUUGAGUAUUGUAAUGUAUGGUAGACACAGUAUAAUUUAGAGGAUCGGGUUCGUUGGCCAGAAAAUGGAACUUUAGACUAUAAUACCAUCCUACAAUUGAUGCUAUUUUGUAAGCGCGAGGGCAAAUGGGAUGAGAUACCAUAUGUAGAACUGUUCUUUAUUUUAAGAGGGAAAGAGGAAUGGAAGAAGGCAUGUGGGAUAAUGGUCGUUAAUACAAAAUCGGAUGAGCAAUGUGAGGGAUGUGUGACUGAGAAGAAAUGUAUGAAAUGUCUGGCAGUGGAAAAUGCUUUGCAGCAUAAGGAGGAUGAUGAUUUUGAUUUAUUAGUGGCUCCGUCGGCCCCACCAGCCCCCAGAGAUACUGGAGUAAAAGGUGAUGGGGAGGAUGAGGUAGAAAUAGAGGAACAGGAGUAUUCCACUACCCCAGUAUCCCACCGAACACAGCAAUGGGAUAUUCAAGUUAGACAGCAGGCACCCAGUGCUAUAUUAGCACCGCUUCGGCAGGGGGUUGGGGCAGAAGGACCCGUAUAUGUUAAAGUACCUUUCACUCCAGGAGAUCUGAUGCUCUGGAAACAAUCUGCUGGAACUUAUAGGGAGAACCCGAGUAAAGUGGCACGAGUUGUAAAGAUGAUUCUGAAAACCCAAAAUCCUGAUUGGGAUGAUAUACAGGUAUUACUGGACACUCUAAUGGACUCUUACAGAGAAGGAAAUGGUGUUGAGAACUGCCCGUGAAUGAGUUAGAGAAGACAGUAGGCAGGGGAUUGUCACAGGGACAGUUGAUCAGAAUUUUCCGACUGAAGAUCCUAUGUGGGAUUAUAAUACUGCAAGAGGAAUGGGAAAUCUGAGGAGAUACCAGGAGUGGAUAGUUGUUGGAGUACAAAAUGCUAUGCCAAAACCAAUCAAUUGGUCAAAACUGUAUAAUGUCAGGCAAGAGAAAACAGAAUCCCCGUCUGCAUUUUUGGAGCAGCUUAAAGAGGUAGCGAGGAAAUACACAGAUUUAGACGUAGAAACAGAGCAAGCUAAGGUGCAGCUGGCCCUGAUUUUCUUAGGGCAGUCGCAGGAUGAUAUCAGAAAGAAACUGCAGAAACUGGAGGGCGCGAAGCUGCGUGAUCUGAAUGGGCUCUUAGAGACUGCUUGGAAAGUGUACAAUAACCGCGAGAGGGAGAGUUCUCAAAGGCAACAGCGACAUCUGCUGGCGGUGAUGCAGGGCAGAGGCCAGAACAAUCCUGCAGGUCGAGGAAGAGGCUCGAUGCGCGGACGGGAAAGGGGGGGGUUGGAUUUAAUUGCUUGUUUAAUGACUUAGGACCAAGGUUGAAUAGAUUAGGCAUUAACCAAUGUGCAUAUUGCAAGCAGGAAGGACAUUGGAAGAAUGCGUGCCCGUACAGAAUGAGGCAGAAUUUGCAGCCAGGAAUCCCAUUUGGAAACACCGAAGUGGCCAAGGCAAUGGUUUUGGAGACUAUGAGAAUCAGAGCUGACUAGAAUCGGGAAAGGAUGAACCCCUAGUGAAAGUAAGGUUAGGAGGGAAAGAAGUGCAAUUUUUAGUAGAUACUGUUGCAACAUACUCAGUUUUAAAUUAUUUAUGUGGACAGAUAGGGAAAAAGACAACUACAACAGUGGGAGCCACAGGGAAAGAGGAAACCCGGCCAUUCAUGCAACCCCUGGAAUUACGAUUUGGAGGAAAGGAAAUAUGGCAUGAAUUCUUGUAUAUGCCUGAUUGUCCAAUCUCCCUGCUGGGACGGGAUUUGUUAUCUAAAUUAAAUGCAAGAAUUGUCUUUGAGGAUGGAGAAUUAAUUAUGCAAGUUCCAGAAUCAAAGUCAGGACAGAUACUAGUGUUGAAGGAAAAUCCAAAAGUUCAAGUACCCAGAGAAGUAGAAGAAGCUGUGACCCCUACGGUAUGGGAAACUGAUAUACCAGGGAAAUCAAAAAUGGCCCAACCGGUAGUAGUAGAAUUGAAGGAAGGAACGAAACCAGUACGAAUAAAACAAUAUCCCAUCAAAUUAGAGGCCCAAUAUGGAAUAGUGAAAAUUAUUGAAAAAUUCUUAAAUUUUGGAGUAUUAGAAGAAUGUGAAUCUGAAUAUAACACCCCAAUUUUUCCAGUAAAGAAACCAAAUGGAGAAUAUAGAUUGGUACAGGACUUAAGGGCUAUUAAUGAAAUCACGAAAGACAUACAUCCGGUAGUAGCUAACCCAUACACAUUGUUAACAUCUGUGAAGGAGAAAUACAAAUGGUUUACAGUAAUUGAUUUAAAAGAUGCCUUCUUCUGUAUUCCUCUCGACAAAGAUAGUAGGAAAUUCUUUGCUUUUGAAUGGGAGAACCCACACAAUGGAUGAAAAAUGCAGUUGACAUGGACAAGGUUUCCACAGGGAUUCAAGAACAGUCCAACGCUUUUUGGGAACCAGCUGGCAAAAGAAUUGGAAUCAUGGACAAUGCAGGAGAAAGUUCAGGUACCGCGAUCACAGUAUCUUCUGCUACAAUAUGUGGAUGAUAUUUUAAUUGCAACAGAACACAAAUCAGUAUGUAUCCAAGUGACAAUUGAAAUUUUAAACCAAUUAGGCCUUAAUGGGUACAAAGUCUCGAAAGUUCAAAUUGCCUGAACAACUGUAUUAUAUUUGGGUUGUGAAAUAACACAGGGACAACGAUGACUAGGAAUGGAUCGUAUUAGAGCAAUCCGUGCGAUUCCAGAGCCUCAAAACUUACAUGAAUUAAGGACAUUUUUGGGUAUGGCAGGCUGGUGUAGGUUGUGGAUAUUGGAUUAUGGACUCAUAGCAAAACCUCUAUAUGAGGCACAAAAGUCACCAACUUUCAUCUGGGAAGGACCUCAGAGGGAGGCCUUUAAGGAAUUAAAAGAAGCCCUGACUAAGGCACCAGCAUUAGGCCUGCCGGAUUUGACUAAGGACUUCCAGUUGUUUGUCCAUGAAAGGCAACGCUGGCACUACGGGUCUUAACGCAGAAGCUGGGAAGCUGGAAACGACCAGUAGGGUACUUUUCUAAACAGUUAGACCCUGUGAGUGCUGGCUGGCCAUCAUGUUUGAGAGCGGUAGCAGCAACGGUGAUCUUGAUACAAGAAGCCAGAAAAUUGACUUUGGGAAAGCAUAUUGAGGUAUAUGUACCUCAUAUGGUGUUAACUGUCCUAGAACAAAAAGGGGGGCAUUGGCUUUCCCCUAGCAGGAUGAUGAAAUACCAGGCAGUACUGACCGAACAAGAUGAUGUAAGUUUAAAAACAACUAAUCUGUUAAAUCCAGCAGCCUUCUUAGGAGCACCUGUGGAAGACGGCCCUUUGGAACAUGAUUGUGUGGAAGUUAUUGAACACACUCAUGCAACAAGGGCUGACUUGAAGGAUACCCCACUUGAACAGCCUGAUCAAGAACUUUUUACAGAUGGAAGUAGUUAUGUAGAAAACGGGACACGAUAUGCCGGGUAUGCGGUAACCACACAAAAUAGGGUAAUAAAAGCAGAAGCACUUCCUGUAGAAACUUCAGCACAGCGAGCAGAAAUAAUAGCUCUCACAAGAGCCUUGGAAUUGAGCAGGGAUCAACGAGUAAAUAUAUGGACGGACUCAAAAUAUGCAUUUGGAGUGGUUCAUAUAUAUGGAGCACUAUGGAAAGAACGAGGACUCCUAUCUUCGCAAGGUAAGAACAUAAAAUACUAAAAAGAAAUUCUGGAUUUGAUAACUGCUGUACAGUUACCCAAACAGGUGGCGAUCAUGCACUGUAAAGCACAUCAACGAGGAGAUUCCAAAAUAGCUGAAGGAAAUGCGUUAGCGGACCGGACAGCUCGACGGAUUGCACGACAGGUAUCAAAUAUGAUGGCCUUAAUACCCACGAAGGUAAGCCCUUUACAAAAUUAUUUAAUGCAGAAGCCAAAGUACUCGGAGGAGGAUGAGAAAUCAGCUAGAUCACUGAAGGCCCAGUUGGGUUCAGAUGGAUGGUACCUAACUGCAACUGGACAAGUAAUUGUACCACCUAUCAUUAUGCGGACAGUUUUGCAAACGUAACAUCAGAAAUGUCACUGGGGAGCAGAAGCUUUAGUGGCAUAUUUAAAGCGCAGCAUAAUCUCGACACGGAUGUUAACAAUGGCAAGGUCAAUAAAUUCAAAAUGUGAAAUCUGUUUGAAGAACAAUCCAGUGGUUAGAAAAGGAAUAGAAAUGGGACAUAUCAGAGUAGGUAUGGAACCGGGUGAUUAUUGGCAAAUUGAUUUUGUUGAAUUACCUAAAAGUCAAGGAUACAGGUACUUGUUAGUUGGAGUUGGCACUUUUUCUGGAUGGCUGGAAGCCUUUCCUUGUCGCACUAACCAAGCUAAGGAGACAGUGAAAUGGCUGCUGCGAGAGAUUAUUCCAAGAUUUGGGGUACCCCUAGGCCUAUCUUCAGAUAGGGGACCACAUUUCGUAGCAGCUAUAGUUCAAGAGGUAAGCAAGAUGUUAGGAAUCUCUUGGAAUCUCCACGCACCGUGGAGACCACAGUCAAGUGGACAAGUAGAAAAGAUGAAUCAGACAAUUAAGCCGCAGAUCAGUAAGAUAUGUCAAGAGGCUAAAAUUCAAUGGCCACAGGCGUUACCAAUAGCACUCCUAAGGAUAAGAAUUAAGCCAAGGAUUGGGAUGACAGUAAGCCCUUAUGAAAUCCUUUUUGGAAAACCAUAUGAGGCGCCACAACCAAAUCCAAAAGUGCACAUAAAAGGGAAUCAAGAUGUAUAUAACUAUGUACUGUCUCUCAGUAGAACUCUGACGCGGCUAUGAAGUGCCCUGAUCUGGAACUGUCCAUUAUCAUUAGAAAAUCCAGUACACGAAACUGAGCCAGGAGACCAGGUCUACAUUCGAGAUUGGAAUGAAGAAGCACUGAAAGAACGGUGGAAUGGACCGUACUUGGUACUACUAACAACAUUUACUGCGGUAAAAGUAAAAGGAAUAGACUCUUGGAUUCAUUAUACCCGAGUGAAAAAGGUUCCUAGAAAUUGGGAAGUAGAAGCUCUUGGACCAACAAAACUGAGACUGAAAAGCAGAUAAAUGUCGAAUUUUGUGUAUAGUACCUUAAUUGUAAUCUGGUCCUUGACACCCCUAAUGGUUAUCACUUUUGUAGAGGUUCUGCAGAAAAAGGAAGUGAUGAAAUCUGUCACUGGACAAAAUGCCACUCUGUUUUGCAAGUUCAGAAACGCUGUCCCGAGGAAUUUAGAAUCAAACAGGUAUGGAUGGGAAUUGCAGGGAAAACGGAAAUCUAGAGGCAAGGUGUCAAAUAAAUUCUGUUUUCAUAACCCCCUUCAGGAUCAUGGGAUAAAGGCAGGACAUUCAUACUAUCAGAUUCCUCUGGACAGUGAUAUACUUAUCUAUUGCCUAUUAGACAAUUCACGACCUAGGGAAUUUGGAUGGACAAGGAAUGGGAAGAAAAUCCCAAAUGAUGGCAGGCAUCUAACAGAAUUAAGAUUAGGAGGAAUGUUAGUUCAGACUAUUAGACAAAUAGAUGAAUCAGAUAUGGGAACAUACAGAUGCCAAUACCAGAAUGAAACUGCUUCCAGAUACAGUGAAAUAAACAUUACUAGAAUUAGAGUAAAACGAGCAAUAGAAUCAAUCCAACUGCCCCAGGUAAUAAAUAUACCUCGGGGUGAUCCUGAAGAAAAUCUGAUAAUUGGCCUAAUCAGGGAUUUUGCCAAAAUGCAAAAUACUAGUAGAAUUACGGCAUGUUUACCCUUGCUGAAAACAGCAGGGGAACCAAUAAAAUGGGGAAUAAUGACUUUUCCAUUCCCAAAGAAUGUAGGGAAUAAUACAGUAUGCAAACAAGAAACGAGAGUGUUACAGGUGAAACAAAAACAGUAUAUAAAGCAGCAAUGGAAAUUUCCAGGAAGGCGAGAAGAUUGUUACAAAUUACCAAACCAUCAGUUUGUCCAAAGUAGUUCAAUGUUUAGUUUUGGAGAUGUGGGAUGGUGUACAUAUGAUGCGGUUAGAGAAAUCAUAGCCCCUCAGGAGAGGAAGGAGUGGGUAUGCCGAGAAAAGGAUGAGGUAAACACAAAAUGGGAUUCUGUCUGGUCAACUAGCAUCUUACAAAAAUUUCAAUAUGGAGGUGACACACCUUGGUGUUUCAGAUGGACAGGGAAACAGUGUAACAAAUGAUUUAACAUUAUUGGCAACUAACAAAGUCAGACUGGAUAUCAUUGAGAGUGUUUCUUGGUGGAACUGCUCUAAGACUUUUGAUUGUGACACAGACCCUAGAUAGAUAACAAUCCCUCCUGUAAGAAUAGCUUUAAUAACAGGAUGUGCAUGUCGAGAUCUGAAAGUUAACGGAAAAGUAAUACCGAUCCCAGAAACAGAUUGCAGAUAUUCGACAAUACGUAGUAUGGGUAACUUUGUAUGGGCAGCUAACGAUGGAACCUGGACCACUCACCUCCCAAUGACAGGACCAGUACGGGAAAUAACUUUGGGCUUACCUACCCUAUGCCCAAUUUGGAAGCGAUCCCCUUUUAAAGGUAAAUUGGAAACCUUACAGAUUCGAACUAGGAGAGACAUAAACGAUGAUAUUGAAGAUAUAGACGAUGUUUGGCAAGAACCUUCAACUGGGGUUAAAGUAGGCUGGGCAUUGGAAUCUCUUUUUGCUCAGGUAGUUGCAUAUCGUAAUAGGGAAAUGAUUUAUAAUUUAAUUGGACAAACUGAAAGGUUAGCUAGAGUAACCAAGAAGGGAUUCAGAGAUCUAAAUUUGCAGUUGCAGGCCACAACAAAAAUGACCUUGCAGAACAGAAUGGCAUUAGAUAUAUUGCUAUUAAAAGAACAUGGAGUAUGCGGGUACCUCAAGGGCCGGACUGAUCAUUGCUGUGUACAUAUACCAAAUGUAACUGCAGACAUAGAAUAUGAUAUCUCACAACUCGGGAAAAUAGAAAAGGAGGCUGAAAGAGAAAAGGAGGUAAUUAGUCACAAUUGGAUCGGGGAACUGUUCAAUGGAUUAGGAAUCCAUCUUACUGGCUGGAUUCAAUCCCUGGCUGAAACACUAUUCACCUUCUUGCUUAUCUUUCUUGCAAUUUGUCUAGUAUAUCUGUGUAUCCAAAAAGAAAUUGUUCAUAAAAGCAAUUGGACACACAGAAUCAUUGGAGCCAUCACACGAGAAUACCCACAACACCCAACACUCCCGCUGGUUUACCAAGAAACAGCUAUGUAAAUGAAAAUACUUGCAGGAAAUGAAGUAUUUUCAAAGGGGGGAAAUGUUGGAAAAACGUUAAUUUAGCUGAAGAAUUAGGGCUCAAUUAAGUAAGAUUAGAAUUAUAGGUUAUGUAUAUUGUAUUUAGCAUUUGAUAUAUAUUGUAUUUAGCAUUUAAUUUUGUUGAUCUUUAUAGUUAAGUUUGUGCAGACUUCGUGUCUGUCUCUGUAGACAAUGACGGUUUUCUCACAGACCACAUAUAACCUUCACAAGUAUGAUAUUAGGGAGUGCUUAGAAAGAAUGUACUAACAACCUUAUCCGAGCAGAGCCUACGCUUUUACUAACAACCUUAUCUGAACACAGCCUACAUUUGUGAAGGCCAGAAGCAUACCAAGGGCAGUCAACUGAAGAUAAAGAAAUGCUGGUGUCCACACAAAUGAUGAGACAAUCUUCAAAUACAUAUGCAUGAAGAAAUGAUGUAAUCUGUUGAAUAUACAUUAGACUACGAAACACUUAAGGGUUAAAUUGCGGACGUGCCGGGAUGGUCUUGGAACCUGAUUUGGGUUUGAAUACCCCAGGUUCCGGGGGCCUCAAAAUAAAGCACCAUAUAUAACCUACCUGGAAUGGUUAUGUGUUUGUCUCUACGCUAACAGCCUUGUAUGAUGGAGUGGCCACAUCAGUUGACAUGGGAAAUGCAAUGGACCUGGACUUGUGUAAAACCUUUGAGACAAUGCCCCAACACAUCCUUCUCUCUGAACUGGAGAGAGGUCAGGGUUUGAUGGGUUGUUUGGUGGAUGAUAAAUCACAGGCACAAACACAGGCUUGGUUCCCAAUGAAUUGGGAGCAGCCCUGAGAAGGACUUGGGGUGCUGAGGGAUGAGAAGUUCCACGUGAGCCACCAAUAUGUGCUUGAGCCCCGAAAGCCAAACUGUGUCAUUCACUGCAUACAAAGCAGUGGGACCAGCAGGGAGGGAGGGGAUUCUGCCCCUCUGCUAUGCUCUCGUGAAAGCCCAGCUGACGUCCUGUGUCCAUUUCUGGUGUCCUCAGAAAAGGAAGGACAUGGAGCUGUUGGAAUGGAUCCAGAGGAAGACACGGAGAUGGUCUGAAAUCUGGAGCAGCUCCCAUAUAAGGACAGGCUGAGAGAGUUUGGGUUGUUCAGCCUGGAGAAGAGAAGGCUCCAGGGAGACCUUAGAGCAGCUUCCAGUUCUGAAAGGGGCUCCAGGAAAGCUGGGGAGGGGCUCUUGAUCAGGGAGUGCAGGGAGAGGAUGAGGGGGAAUGUUUUUGAGCUGAAAGAGGGGAGAUUGAGAUGAGAUCUUAGGAAGAAAUGUUUUCUUGUGAGGGUGGGGAUGCCCUCAUCCAGCUUGCCCAGAGCAGUUGUGGCUGCCCCAUUUCUGGAGGUGUUCGAGGCCAGGUUAGAUGGGGCUUGGAGCAACUGCAUCCGGUUUAAAGGCAUCCCUGCUCCUGCAGGGGCUUGGAGUAUGUGACCUGUAAAGGUCCUUUCAAAUCCAAACCACUUCUUGAUUCUGUGCCCUUUUCACUACAAGGAAAUUUGCUUUUCCUACAGGCACGAAAAAUGCUGGGCCUCCUCCCAUACGUGAUGGAAGUCAUGAAUGAUGGCAAUAGCGACAUCGUGUUGAAGGCCCUGCAGGCCAUUUUAAGAGUGAUGGGUCACCUGAAGAAGAAUGAGGCCAGCCCUUUUGCUGUGCAGCUGACAGAGAAGCUCCUGCCUGUCUUUAAUCAUGUAAGGAUGAUGAUGGAGCCUGAUCCUUCAGCUCAAACCUGCCAGACCCACACAAGGCAGAAGCUUGUACUGCCCUUCCUUCCCCAGGCUCCUGUAGGAGAUUGCAAUAAGAUCUUAGGAAGAAAUGUUUUUCGUGUGAGCGUGGGGUGGCCCUGGCCCAGGUUGCCUGCUCUGGGCAGUCAUGGCUGCCCCAUCCGUGGAGGGGUUCCAGCUGACGUUGGCUUUCAGCAACCUGAUCCAGUGGGAGGUGUCCCUGCCUGUGGCAGGCAGUUGGAACUGGACGGGCUUUGAGUUCCCCGACAGCCCAAAUCAUUCUAUGAUUUUAUGAUUUGGGGGUUGUCCUGUGCAGAGACAGGAGUUUGGAUCGAUGACCCUUGUGGGUCCCUUUCAACUGAGGACAUGCUAUCAUUCCGUCCUUCAACACGGGCAGAGAGCUACUGGUGCUGAAGUCCUGCUGUCCUUCUCCCUACCAGGAGUCCUGCCAGGUGAGAGAAACCUCCAUUAUCCUCUUCAGAGAUCAAAUGAAGAAUGUGGCAUGCAGGAACAAGAAGCAGAUGAAGAAUAAUGUGUGAAUGGUCCUGGUCCCGCUCUUCUUUCAUUUGAACGAUCAAACACAGAGGGUGGCCAAGGUAUGGAGGGAACAGACACCAACACAUUUGGGCCAGGGCACGACCCAGCUUCCUAAGGCCACCAGAACAAAGCCAAGAAGAGGCGGACAUGUGGUUGUGGUGCCAUCUGCCAGCUUCUACUGCCCCACAGGCAUCCGAGGAAGCACUCCUUGCUGCAGCAGAGGUCCUCAGAUAGGCGCAGCUGAAACAUCUCAUCCAGAUGCAACAGGUGUGGAGUAUUGCAGAAUACUUGGUGAGGACAUCUGCUAAGGGUUGGACAAGGGCUGCCCCACGUGUCUGGGGGGUGGGUCUCGCCUGCCCUGCUCCAGCCUGGAGCCCACAGCCCCCUGAUCCAGUGGGAGGUGUCCCUGCCCAUGGCAGGGAGGUGGAACUGGAUGGGAUUUGAGGUCCCUUCCAGCCCAAGCCAUUCCAGGAUUCCAUGCCCAUACCCUUGUGCUCUCUCCAGGUGGUGCAGCGCAGAAGCAAGGCUGAGGAAUACUUACAUUGGAGCGUGCCAUACCUGAAGGAAGCUCAGAAAGACUUGCGAUUGGCAGCUGUGAGGUUCAUCAGUGAGCCACCACCCUCGGGUCUCUCUUUUGGGACACACUGGCCUCAGUUCCCACCAUGGCACUGGGGAGCAAGGGGAUCUGACAGAGCUCUGUCCCUAGGACUUGCUGCACAACACCUGAAGGACCAAAGCCCAGAGAAGAUGUCAAGGAUCUGCUACGUCCUUGAGCCCGUGACAGAAGACAGCAACAUCGCAGUCCGUUCCCUCACAACACAGACCAUCCUCAUCGUGAGGUGUCCAAGGCAGCAGCCAAGAGCCAAGCACAUUCUGCAAGUGCUGCCCUCCUGAGGCCUCUGAGAUAGGCAGAGGCGCUGGAGGUGCCUGCAGGGAGAGAGGUCAUGGCAUCAUAGAAUCUCGGAAUCAUUGAAGACCUCUAAGCUCAUCCAGCACAACCAUCGGCCCCACCCACCAUGCCGACUGAAGCAUGUCCUGAAGCACCACUUGA